AUGGCGGAUGACACUUUGGGAUUCGUUAUCCAAACAUGCACGAGAGCAACUGUGCGCCCCCAAAUCCAAAUUUUCGAGGUCGUCGAAGUUCCAGCCGCUGGGACCUCAGCCAUCGUCUCGGCGCCCUGGACUCGACCAGAAAACUCUUCGGGCGAUUACCAAUACUCCAUUGGACGAGUCAACACGGAGGAUAGCUCAUACCUAGUCAAAGUCGAGUUUGAACUUCUCAACUUGACUUUGAGUGACGAUGAAAAUGACAAUACAUACAUCAAUAUCAUGAAAGCCUACGACACCUUCGAAGACGCAACGAUCGCUGUGCGGGAUAUCUGGCGGAGGUACUACAACUACGACAACAGCCGCAGCCGCCCUGGUGAUGGAGGGAUAAGGGAGUUCCAUGUCACUGGUCUCCCUGCAGGUUCAUUCUUCUGCACUGCUAUGCAUCUAACUCUUCCGGACUCCCCUCCUACUACCCCCAUUCCUACUUCUGUUCGAAAUCCGUACGAUAAUCUGCAGGGGGGUGAGGCACCAAUCGAGGAUAGCUAUAGCUUGGAUGAUGAGGAACCGUUCGAGUUUGGUGAGAAUCACCGGUACGAAUUCAACUUUAAUUUCGGUAACGGCCCAAGCUCCGCGGCUUGA